CUUCGGCUUCCCGAAGAAGCAAGAGAAAGCAUUGGCAAAAUUUCCCGCCCAUUUCUCUGCACUUUACCCCAUCAAUGGCUCCCAAAUCCGAUAGCGCAGAAGCGAUCGUGCUCAACUUCGUAAAUGAGCAAAAUCGUCCAUUAAACUCUCAAAAUGCUGCUGAUUCAUUACAAAAGUUCAACCUCAAGAAAACGGCGGUGCAAAAGGCACUGGAUGCCCUCGCCGAUAGUGGACGGAUUUCUUUCAAGGAGUAUGGCAAGCAGAAGAUAUAUAUCGCUCGGCAAGACCAAUUCCAGAUCCCCAAUAGCGAGGAACUUACUCAGAUGAAGGAAGCAAACGCCAAACUGCAGCAACAUCUAGACGAGCAUAAAAAGGUUAUUAGCCAGGUUGAGGAAGAGAUCCGAACGUUGCAGUCAAACUUAACGCUGGAACAGAUGCGGGAAAAAGAAGCUAUGCUCAGAAAGGAGGUUAAGGAAUUGGAAGACAAAUUGGAAAUAUUGCGCGGAGGUGUAACGUUGGUGAGCCCAGAAGACCGCAAAGCAAUUGAGCAGAUAUUCUCUGAGAAAUUAAGCCAGUGGCGAAAACGAAAAAGGAUGUUCAAAGAUAUAUGGGAUGCUAUUACUGAGAACUCACCUAAGGAUCUAAAGGACUUUAAGGAAGAACUCGGCAUUGAGUACGAUGAAGAUGUGGGCGUGAAUUUGCAAUCAUUUAGCGACAUGUUACCACAAAAUCGAAAAAGGCCCAGGGGAAAGUGAGUGAUACCAUAAACUGGGGCAUCCAACAGUAAGAGCAGCAUGAUUUGCUUAUAUUACUUUUCUUUAUUCAGUCCGUGUUUAAAGGCAAAUGCAAGUAGAUUCUGUCUGCCUAGAGCUUGGCUUUUGUAUCACGAAUACUUAUCAAGUUGCUUUUUGUUGAUUCAUGCAAAGUUGAAGGCACCAUUUAUUUAC